GAGAGGACCUGGCGCAGCCGUGUUUGUGACUAGUUACCGUGCCGCUGUCCCGCCUGGCACCAGAGACUUUCGUAUUCUUCCGCAAAUUACAGAACACGUCCUCUUCCUAUCCGCAUUGCAGAUGAGAAUAGCCAUUUCUAUUGACAGACAAUACAUGAAGACGGGAAAAUGGACGCCCUCGCAGAUGCCCUUGCAGGAAGCUUCGCUGUUUCUUCUCAACUCAAUAGUACUUCAGCUCCUCAUCCAAGAUUAGCUCAAUACAAAGGCAAAUACAGCUCUCUGGAGCAGAGUGAGCGCAGGAGGAAACUGCUGGAACUCCAAAAAUUAAAACGUUUGGACUACAUAAACCACGCUCGUCGCCUUGCAGCUGGGGAUUGGACAGACCAAGAUGAAGAGAAGAAGGAUGAUGAUAAACAAACAGAUGAUGUCGAUGAAGACGCAGAGGACAUGGAUGUGGAGCCUUGCAAAAAGUUACCCAGACAUUAUGCUAACCAGCUCAUGCUUUCUGAGUGGUUAAUAGAAAUUCCUCCAGACCUGGCUGAUCUUUGGCUUCUUGUAGUCUGCCCCACUGGAAAGCGUUCUUUAGUUGUUGCUUCUCGGGGUUCAACGGCAGCUUAUACUAAAAGUGGGUAUUGCGUGAACAGGUUUCCAUCACUACUACCUGGGGGAAACCGACAAAAUAGUGCCACUGGUAAAGACUACACUAUUCUAGACUGUAUUUACAAUGAGGAAUCCCGAACAUAUUAUGUGUUGGAUGUCAUGUGUUGGAGAGGACACCCGGUGUAUGACUGCCAGACUGACUUUCGCUUUUACUGGCUUCAAUCAAAAUUGCAGGAGGAAGAUGGGCUGUGUAAUAUUUCCAAGAUCAAUCCAUUCAAGUUUGUUGGUCUACAGAAUUUCCCCUGCUCUCUGGAAUCCAUUCAAUGUGUUCUCACACAAACCUAUCCCUACCAGGUGGAUGGCCUGUUAUUUUACCACAAGCAUACACACUAUACUCCAGGUAGCACUCCACUGGUUGGGUGGCUACGUCCAUAUAUGGCACCUGAAAUUUUAGGAUUCCCUGCCCCACCCGGACCCCUUUCAGAAAAGCCUGCCUACGCACAAGAGCAAAUGCGCCAAAUUCUUGAACACAAAAAAGUUGGGAAAGGAGCAGCAGAGGGAGGACGUUAUGAAUUAGAACAUCUGUCUACAAUUCCGCCACCUCAAUAAGGGUGUAUUCACACAACCAUAUGUAUUUUGCAGUCCGCAAAACGCAGAUCUGCAAAAAAAUAUGGCUGAUGUCCGUGUUGCCUCCGUUCUUUUUGCAGACCCAUUGUAACAAUGCCUUGUCUGCAAAAUGGACAAGAAUAGGACAUGCACUAUCUUUUUUUGUGGGGCUGUGGAACGAACAUAUGGAUGCGGACUGCAGACAUGUGGAUCGGAUGCGAACCAGAAAUACCGUUGUGGGAAUGGGGCCCAAGUGUGUGAUAGACUGCCGGCACCUACUUUCCAGGAAGCCACAUUCAUUGUUGCCAUUCAAACAAUAACACUGAAUAUUUUUCCCAAUCCGUCAUAUAGUGGAUUGCUCUAGACUUUACAUGGCAUUAAAGAGGUUGUUCAGGUUAAUUAUACUUUUACCUUAAGUCACCUAAAAUAAAAAUAAUCUUACAUCACUCCUUCUCCUGCGCCACUCUCCUCGCUCUGUUUACAGGAUGCAGCGGUCACAUGCUGUAUUCCUGCACGUCGCUGCUGCCUGUAAACAAACACCAGGCGGGGGACCGGCGGUGCAGAGAACGGCCCAGGAUAAAGAGGUGAGUGUAUAAUCAUUUUACAGCAUACAACCCCUUUAAAUUACCAUUUAGGAAUGUGCAGUAUAUAUUUAGUAAGAUAUUUCUUUUUAAUAAAAUGCAUUUUCAAGAA